GCACGGUUUUCGUUUUGCAUAGGGUGUUGUUAGGUGUUGCGCGCUUAGCAACGAUAACAUUAUACGAUUUUUCAUCCUUUUUUUGCGUACCGGUUAAGUUCAGUCAGUUGUUGUCUAGCCGAUGUAGUUAAUACAACUCAAGGCGUAUGCGGCUACAUGUUUAUUCAGUAAUGUCUAAGCUGCAAGUGUUUAACAAACUGUAUAGGUUACAAUAUAAUAUGAAUUAAGGCAAAGCCUCAAAGCGAGCUCGAUUAAUGUUUAAUAGAAGAAACUAACAAAAAACUUUAAUUAAGAUUAUAUUUAAAUAAAAUUAUUAUAGGCACUUCCUAACAGAAGAACGUGGAGUUUGUAAAGACUGGUAAUAAUAUAGGCACUGGUAUAAAAAAAUAUUAUUAUGUUAAUCAGCAAUUAAACAACAAACAGGCCAUAUUAAAGGGUUUCAUGUGACAUAAAUUUUAGCACAAAACCCCGCCCAAAACAGAUUGUCACACUAUCAGUUGCCAGCCUUGCAACCACACGUUAACCUACGACGGUCAGAUCGGGAUUCGAACCCGAAUCCACCUAUGAGCCAUCUGAUGAUAUUGAUCAUAUGAUAUUUGCCUGGGUUGCUCUUCCAAUUAAGCUAUCUGACCUUUUGAAAAUAUAUAGGUAAUCUGCAAUGCUGUAUAAUAGCAUGAUUACCUUGCUUAGGAAAAUUUUACAAAGAAUUACAUUAAAUUGAUAUUCUGUUAUGAUUUAGAACAGUAUAUUGUCAGUUCAAAAGCUCACAUGAGUAAAUGCUUGAAAAGCCUACACAAGCUUCCGUUUGUAAAAAUGAUGCUAAUUAAUUUGCUGACUGUGUAUAGUUGAGAUAAAAUCACCUUAUUUUGCACAAAUCUGGUAAAAUAUAUAUAGUUUGAAUACCAACUGCGGAAAAGAGCAACAGAACAGUCCUUGUAACUUAAUAACUCUAAUAUUUUAAUAAGUAAUUAUCUAAACCAUAAAGUAACCUAUACCUCGAUAAUACAGGGGUUUCACUGGCCCGAAAAAGUUGUCGCCCCUUUUUCGCGGCGUGAAAACUGUCGGUUAUUCCAAUCUUAUUAAUAAGAAAAAUCAUUCAAAGAAACCUCUAUACUACAUUCAUGUCAUUGACUAUAUUAUCACUUUAAUAAGUAUGUUAUUACAUAAAAAACAAUAAGUUCCUUCAUAAAUCAUACCUUCAUAAGUCUUAAUAAGCUUUAUUUGUAUAUAAAUAACAUUUUUUCAACUUGAUAAACAACACAGGUAACCAAAACAAUAUAAUAAUGUUAACAUCAAUGUAUUAAACAGUAUGCUGCAUAAAUGUUUCAUAAUUAAUUAUUUAAACAUAGAAUCACACCAAUGUACAUCAUUUGAAAGGGAAAAAGACAUAUAAAACAUCAGAAAAUAAAGCUCACUUCAAAUUGUUAAACAGUUAUAUUUGGUCAUUUGGACAUAAUAUCCAUCAGCUUCUGGUGUUAAAACGUUUUCUGUAAGUGGUGGAUGAUUUCCCAGUUCAAUUAAAUAAAUGUUUUUCACGCCUAUUUCCUGACAGAAAGGCCCAGAUAAUUGCCAUCAUCCAGUCUAGUUGUCUGAAAUAACAUAAAACAUAUUUUUACAAACUAUCAACAACAAACCAACACAUAAAUGUCACUAUCUUUAAAUGUCCGAAUUUUAACAUAUCCGAAAUAUAGUAAAUCAAGUGAAUUAUAUACUUUUUAUUUCACAAAUUGUUAGUAUCUUAAUCAAAAUAUAUCCUUCACAGAACAUUAAAUAAUGAAACUAUUAAACAGAAAUGCUCACACAUACCUGUUGAAACAAGUUUUUAUUUGUUUUUGCGGAGAAAAUAAAUGCUUUUGCCAGCCCCAUGGUUUUGAAUAAAGAAAUAGAGGCCCUAAUAAUAAUUAUAAUUAUUGAUCAUCGUGACAGUUUGCCCCCGUGUUACUUAAUUUAUUGCUCAAUAUCAUAAAGGAGCUGUUAAUCUGAUUAUAACCCCCAUUAAACUUGACAAUAGCAGUAAAAACACCGUUUGUAACACACGCUUCAGUGAUUUCAAUUUGGACUCUGCACUGUAGGUCGCUUACAUUGUCGUAAAUCAAUAUUUACAACUGACAGACGCUGGCCGCUAAUGCUCGGUCGCUUGCUUUCGAUUUGCAGUACAUUUUUGGAUAGGAUUUUACCGAUUUUUUUUAAUUCGCCAUUUUUUAAAAAUUGGAGCCACUUUAAAAAAUUGAGCGCCAUUUGGCGCCAAUAAAUGGCGCCAAUGGCGAUCGAAAGCGAAACCCCUGAUAAUAGACCAAUUCAAAUUAAGGGUCUGUAUAGUCCCGCGCUCAUGAUCAUCAAGAUGCUUUUCUUAAAAAUUGCGCGAGACCCGACAAGAUUUGCAAAACUGGGGGCUAUUUAUUUCCUGUUUACAUUGCUCUGUUCUCGAACGUGAAUAUGUGACAUAACAAAAUGGAAGAUAAAGUUUUCGAUCAAGAAUUGUUUUCAGCGCUAGAGUGGACAGAUAAUUUAAAUUGUGUUCCAGAUUUUGACAUUGAAAAACUAAAACAUUAUUUGAUUCAAAGCCAGGAAAAGUCGUUUGACAAAGGAAGUGUUAGAGCUUUCAAGUCGUUGAAAGCUUUUAAAUAUUUCGAGGAAGGCUUUGUCCAGAGACUGCGACAUGCAGAGACAUUCGUAGCAAACACAAAGGCGUACGCAAUUCACGCCAAAGUACUUGCAUAUUACCAAGGAAAAGCCUACCAAACAUACGUGGCCCUUGAGAAGGAGACUGGCUUCCCCAUUGGAGGUUCUUGUGCUUGCGUUGCAGGGAGAGGCGAAGCAUGCAGUCAUAUCGCAGCGAUCCUGUUUGCUGUAGAGGAUUUCAUCGCCAAGGGGCUCAAUCAGUCUACAGACAAGCCAACCUGCACUGACCGGCUGUGCACAUGGAAUGCUCCAUCAAAACAAAAUGUGGAACCGGAAACCAUCCACAACAUAAGAAUAGUAAAGCAAUCUCAUGGAAAACAACUAAAAAACCAUGUGACUUUUGAUGGAAUCGGGUUUGAUCCACGACAGGCCGGAGACCGACAGGUUGAUCAGGUCAGGAAGAAUGAGCUGGUGCAAGCUUUGAAAAGAAGCAAUUCAAAGUGUAAUUUCCUUAAGUAUCAAACUGUUCCUGACAAUGCUUCAUGUAAGACUGUUCAAUCACGCAGAGAACAUUCCAUGGAUGAUUACACUGUCAACAUUUUUCCUCCAUCUGUAAUGAACAUAAGUGUCAAGUGUGAGGAAGCCGGACCAAAUACGGCAGCUGGAACGCAUGACCAUUGGCCAGUCUAACAGUGAAAGAUGGAAGAAGGCGAGGAAAUAACGACUUGUAACGUAAUGUGUUCAAGAUGAAAGCCACCACAAACCCCAAAGUGACCCUGGAAACCCUGCUGUGCAAGAAUGUAAGGCAGACACCAGCGAUGGCCUUUGGCAUUGCUAAAGAAGAGGAGGCAGCCCAACACUACACCAGUGCAACAGAAAUUCAGCUCACGAAGAGAGGCCUUGUUGUAGAUUCUAAAUACUAGAGUUGCGACACCUUAAGGGUUUUGCGUGAUGGAAUGAGUGGAGAGAUCAAAUCAAAUUGAAAAUUGAUUAUUUCUAAAAAAAAAAUUGGUACGAAAAAAUAUGUGGGUACGAAAAAAAAACAAAUUUGGGUACGAAAUUUUUUUUGAGUACAAACAAAAAAGGGUACGAACAAAAUAAGGGUAGGAAAAACUAUUUGGGUACGAAAAUGGGUACGAAUAAAAAAUAAGGUAAGAAAAAUAUUGGGUACGAAAAAAAUUGAGUACAAACAAAUGGUUACGAACAAAAUUUGGGUACGAACAAAAUUGUGAACGAAAAAAAAUGGGUUAGAAUAAAAUGUGGGUAGGAAAAAAACAAAUUUGGUUACGAAAACAAAUUAGAGUACGAAAAAAUAUAGGGAACGAAAAAAAUUA